GCUGCGAUUCAGGAAGUAAAUCUAUUAUAGUGACAGGAACAACAUCACGGGACUCUCAUUGCAUUGAGCAGAUUAAUAAAAUAUUACCUGUGACUGAUCUGUACACACCUGUAAUAUAAGACAACAUGUCUAGGCAGUCGAACAGAGCCACAGACAGCAAGAAGAUGAAUUCAGAAUUGUUCACUCUCACUUAUGGAGCCUUGGUCACUCAGUUGUGUAAGGACUAUGAAAAUGAUGAAGAAGUCAACAAACAACUGGAUAAAAUGGGAUACAAUAUCGGAGUGCGUCUGAUUGAGGACUUCUUGGCUCGGUCCAGCGUGGGGAGGUGUCACGAUUUCCGAGAAACGGCCGAUGUCAUUGCAAAGGUAGCCUUCAAGAUGUACUUGGGUAUCACCCCCAGCGUGACCAACUGGAGUCCUGCUGGAGAUGAGUUCUCUCUUAUCCUCGAGAGCAACCCCUUGGUGGACUUUGUAGAGCUUCCUGACAACCACAGUAAUCUAGUUUACUCCAACCUGCUCUGUGGAGUGCUGAGAGGAGCCCUUGAAAUGGUUCAGAUGGCAGUGGAUGUGCGAUUCGCUCAGGACACACUAAGAGGUGACAAUGUGACAGAAAUUCGCAUGAAGUUCAUCAAAAGGAUCGAGGAGAACCUGCCAGCUGGAGAUGAAUGAGACUGAGAAUCUUUUGAUUCAAGAGACUUUUUUUUAUGUUUGAUUUGAUGAAGUAUUGCAAUGCGAAUUCACUGUCAAGAAGACAUCUCUUGAUGUGUCACCAAGGAUGGCAUGUUCUUUCACCUGGUCCAUGUUUUUUAUCUCUUACAAAUACCUUCUUAAGUUUCUAUUUGUAUGUCAGUUUUAGGGCCGUGCAAAAAAUAGAAUGCGAUUUUCAUGUGCAUCUCAUCAGUAAAGAUACUCCUUUAAUUAGAAGUAUAUCUCCAGCACAUGCGUUCAGAUCAGGGUUGCCGGGUUUUCACAACAAAUCCUGCCCAGUUGCUUCUUAAAACUAGUCCAAAACUAGUCCAAUCGCGUUUCCGGGAGGUUCCCUGAUAAAAAUUGCUUCCCGGGGUUAAAAUAUACAUUUUUUGAAAGGGUUUCCCUGGUAAAAUUCGCAUUUUAGGGGCUAAAUAUCACGUUAUUGGUAUUGGGGUUGCUUCAAACCGCCGACAUGGAAAAAACAAUCGCAGACUUGGCAACACUGGUUCAGGUGGAGCAGCAGUUACUACACAGAGCCGUAGUCUACCGACAACUAACACAAAAUCGUUUUCAAAAACGACAAAGAAUCGCUGCCGAUUUUAACAUCGAUUUUGUGUAGAUUGUCUGUGGUUGUUUUUCAUGUCCGCGGGUCAAAACGACCCCAAUACAAAUAACGUAAUAUAUUAUUUAGCCCCUAAAAUGCGAAUUUUACCAAGGCAACCCUGCUAAAAAACAUAUAUUUUAACCCUGGGACGCAAUUUUUUUUUUUUAUCGGGGAACCUUCUGGAAGCGUGAUUGGACUAGUUUUGGAGUAGUUUUGAGAAGCAACUGGGCAGGAUUUGUUGUGAAUACCUGGCAAACCUGAUCUGAACGCACAUGCUGGAGAUAUACUUCUAAUUACAGGAGUAUCUUUACUGAUGUGAUGCGCAUGAAAAUCGCAUUCGAUUUUUUGCACAGCCCUAGUCAGUUUGUCCCCAGUAUAUUUUCUGUUAUUCUUUUUGCAUUUAACUCAUAAAUAUGGCACAGAAUGUCUAAUUUAUAUAGUCAAUUAUCUUAAUUAGAUUGAAUAAACCAUUAACUACCAACAA